AUGAUGAAACGGCCAGCAAGUGCAGGUCCAACGCGCAAACCACAAAAAACACCUUCCGAUGAUGAUCCCUCAGUGAAUGGCCUCUCCAAUACAAACAACAACAAUAGUUGUGGAAGCAGUAGUAGUGGCCCAUUCAUUCUUUGUACGACCAAUAGUAUCAAGCAACGAAAAGUACUCUCCUCGAAUUUCGUUGAUUUAACGAAGGAAUUAGCGAGAGAUGCUCCUUUAUUUGAACAACAACAGCAAACCAUACAAACAACAAACAAAUCAGCUAGGACCAGCACCAACAACACAAUCAACAGUGGCAGACCAUCGUCUGCAUCUAGCGCCACUAGGAUCUACCGAAAAUUAUAUACCAAUACUCAAUCUCAUCACAAAGAAUUCGACAAGGAAAAAUCAUUUCUUAGAAUUUCUACAUCGCCUUUACCUUUUUCUCGGCCAACAAGUGCAUCGCCCACUAUUCGACCAGCAUCUGCUCUCAGUACACGAUCCACUACUUCUUCAGUGGUAUCAAUUGCAAAGAACAGCAACACGAGCAUUUCAGGAGUAAGCAAAACCUUUCGAGGGAUUAUUGAGCAAAAUUAUUUGGCCAAAAAGAAGGGUCGAGCACCUUUCAAAAUUGAAAAUAUAUUUAAUGAAGACGAAGAGGAUGAGGACGAAGAUGAAUCAGCCGUCUCUCACAAUGCCCACCAAAAACAACAAACAACCACAUCAAAGAGAGCAACUCGACCACGAAGUGCAUCCUCCACAGGAACACAGUCUUCGAGUAGACCUUGGUCAGCCUCUUCUGUAACCUCUGCCCGAAGAGGUUCAAAGAAGAGUCGAACCACUUCAACAGAAUAUGUGCCGUCGUCGUUUCUGGAGAGUUAUACUCCAACCAGCACUGCUACCCUAACAACACCUCCUACCUUAUCUCAUUAUUCUCUUCCAACAAGCUCAAGUAUUCAGAAACGAGUUGAAAAAACUCGUACCGAUCAGAAACCCACACCAAUUGCGUUGCAGCAACACCUUACAACACAAGGAACUCCAGCAGUCUCAUCUCUUAAAAAGACAAAUUCCAAGAACGAUUUUUUCCUAACACGGACUGUCUCUUUCAAAUCUUUGUGUGAUAGGAGUUGUGACAGCGUAUCAGAUAGUGAUACCGAUAGCGAAGACACAGAGGACAUUAUCAUUUCAGAAAAUUCUAAAGAGAAAUCGAAACCUCUCCUCGCAAGAACAACCUCAAUCACAAGUACAAGCUCCUUACAAAAGUCCAUUACUGACCCCUUCAAACAACCCUCAUUGUCCAGAACUAACUCUUCCGCAAGUAUAGUCUCGUCUUCCAUGCAAAGAUCGGACUCUAAAAAAUCUCUAACUAUCUCUGUAAAUAAUACACCUACCGCCGACAACAAGGACCAAGCUUCGAAGAGUAAUAGCGUGGUCAAAUCAAUAUCUCCACUGUCCAAAAACUCACCUAACAUGUCUAGUUUUAAAAAGAUUUUCUCGCCUAGAGGCUCAGAAUUCAGUUUUGGUGAUGAAUCGGAUUCGUUUAUUGAGGAACUGAACGAUGCUGCGGCUGUGUUGAAAACACACAUUUUAGCUUUACCUAAAACAAAAAAGCAGAAGGCACUACAAUCUCAGAAAAACACAAACCAUGUGAGGUCUCCGCUAAAGCGCUCACCCACAGUUAAAAACGACUUUCUUUUAUCGAGGAAUAAGGUAGUAACGGAUACCUUUGUUAAAGCUGUCGAAAAGCGAAAUAAGCCAUUCACUGAUCUUAUCAAAGAUCCUACUUCUAAGGCAAGAUCUGGUGUCGACAGUAGUUCCUAUAUUUGGAACAUCGAUACAGAUUUGUGCGUACAAAAUGCAAGUGAAAUGGUACAACAAGUUUCAUUUACACCCGUACAAGAAGAAUCUACAAGUUUCAACAAUGUUCAACAUCAUCAUACAGAAAAAAUUAAUUUACAAUUGCCAUUUAAUGAUGAGGAAUUAACCAAACUGAAAAAGUGCAAUAAUGUAGUUAUUGAUACACGUACGACCUAUAUAAGCGGCAUUACUCAUUCCAUUAAUUCUGUGCUUAAUACUUGGAGUUCAAAUAUUGAGACCACCAAAGAAAAAGAAGAAGCUAAAAUUGUGAUCAAUGACACCCAAGCCAUUGAACAUAUUAAAACAAUGAGAGAAUCUAUUGAGAUGAUGCGUUCUUCCCCUCCCUCUAAAAAAAAAGCCGCAAAGAAUUCAAGUUUCGAACUUUCAAAGCAAAUUCUUUCGAAAGAUCCAUCAUUUUUUGGCUUUGAAGUUAGCGACCAGUUCAUUUGUGAUCUCAAACAAAAAGUAGAAAUUGAUGACGAUGCAGAUGACAUUACAAAUCUCAUUAGAGACUACAAGGAAGAUAUUUCUAAAUCUAAAAAAACAGUGGUUGUCAAUGAUUCAAGUGAUUCUGAGAGUGAAAAACCAAAAUUACCCGAUAUACCUCUUAAUGUUGGAAAAGAAAAAAGAAUGAAAGUGAAUCAAAAGAUUUUAAAUGAAAGAAUAGCAGAUAUCAAAAAAUACGCUUGGAAAUAUGCUGAAUUGGAGAAACGAGUAAAACAAAUCAAAAAGGAAAUGAAAGAACAAGAAAAAAAGUUGGAAAUUGAGAACUUUGUUAAAAAGAAUGCAGAAAUGCCUCUCAAAACCAUGAAUGAUAUGCGAAACAAUCGUGAAAUAGUCAUUCAACGACAAGCCUUUAUUAGAGAACAAGCGGUCUUAAAAUUCAACGAGCAAGAACGUCAACGCUGUGAAGAAUUAGAUCGUAAAUUUGAAGAAAAGGAAAAGAGAAGACAAAAUGCAACAAGUGAGAAAAUGUCCAAAGUUUACAAACAAACGAUGUGGAAAUUACAAAAAACGUGGCUUCCCAUUGUGAAAAUUAGUUUAUUUAUUUCCGCAAUUACUGAACCAUUGUUAAGCGAAAGAGUGAAACGAAAGCGUGAAACUGAUGAGAAGGUAGCUCUUUUCGUCAUGAGAAAACGAUUGUUACCUUACAUUUUGAAGCGAAGAGACCAAAAGCAACAAGCGGCUCUGCAAGUCAUUCGAAAGAAUUGGCUUAUUUAUGUCAUCAAUUUUAGGGUUCGAAGAAAGAAGAAAGCGGUUGAUGUAAUUCAAAAAUUCAUAGAAGACAUUAACAAAACCAAUAGAAUGGUUCGUGCUGUAUCCAGGUUUAUCAACGCUGUCAAGAAGAUUCAAAGAUUUGUCAAAAAAUUCCUCUUUCGAAGGAGGUUACAUCUCCACAUGCUUAAUCGACAAUAUAAGAGAUUGGAAACGGAAUUCACAAAGAAUCAAGCAAAACAAGAUAUUGCUGAAGUGAAAUUCAAAAUUGUGGAUGUUUUAAAGAAGGUAAAGGAAACUGCCUUCUUUGAAGAGCCCUCUACAGCCACCGAGUCUAGAGCGAUUUAUCGAAAACAACAACAUGUCCCGCAUGUUCCACAACCUGGGUCUGGAUGGGAAGACGAUACGAGUGGCAUUCGCAGAACCAAGUUGGCAGUCUCUGAAGCGAAAAAGACGCUUCGUCAUGUACAAAAGUUUGUUAUAGAUGAACUGAAAGAACAGAUUGCUCAGACUCCACAAUCAACCAUGGAUGGAAAAAUGGUAUCUCCAAGAUCUUCGAAGAAAGGACCUAACAUGUCACAUGCUGAAACUAUUUUAAAACAGAGCGAAAGAUGGGUCAAAGGUCUUGAUGAUUUCCCUUACCUUAUUCAUAUUAUUGAGAACAACAUGUUGAAAAAUCAAUUAAUUUUAAAGUUGGGCCGAAUGUUACGAAUUACUCCAACAAAGAGAUGUCACAAAACGUUAGAUGCCAUUCGCAUGCGCAUCAUACGGGAAGAUUUAACGCGGCGAAUGCAUCAAAUUAGACUUGAAGAGCUCGAUAUUGAAAAACGUAAAGAACGAGCUGUGCAAGCUCUUAACUUCCAAAAGAAAAUGAUGACUCAACUACAAAAACAACGAUCGUUUAGCAAUCGAAUUUCUCUUCCAGCUGGUGUUACAACAUCAGAAUUACUCGCAGAGCAACUUCAGAAACAGAACUCCAUUCUUCAAGAAGAGGAAGAAAUCGAAAAAGAGAGAAUCGAGUUGAAGAAGAAAAAGACGAUAGGUUAUUUACCACAACAUGCAAUGGAAAUUUUGGUGCGAAAGGGUCUUGAGGAAACAUUAAUGAUGGAAAAACGAAGGCAACGAGCACCGAACUCUCCAAGAAAUACUGUUAUUGCUCACAACAACAAACAAACAAAUACUUUGUCUGAUAGUUUUGAAAGCAGAAUGGAUGAUUUUGAUGAAUAUGAAGAAAUAUUGGAUGAGAAUUUGAAUUGA